AUGCCACCAAAGAACACGCCUCAAAAGAACGCUUCCAAUGCAGGAUACUCAAGCGAACACUCCCCCGACGAGCCAGACCAGGAAGUCCUGUCCGAUUUUGAGGAAGAAAGCUCUCCUUCCAGUUCAGAGUCUCCACCCAAAGAGAAGCGAGUCACCACGUCCGAAAGCGAGGACAACGACCUCGUUACCGUGAGCAAAGAUAGCACACCCAGUCCUACCGCAAGCACCAUCCUGAUAAGGUUUGAACUUGAGGAUACUUUGCUGGCAGGUAAGAUGAACGAGAAGUGGAAGAAGAAGUUGAGUGAUACAGAGAGGGCGAAGAAGCUUCAGGGACUGCUGGAUGAAUGCACUGCCAAGAGGGAGGAGGGGGGAAGAGCGGCGGUGGAAGAAAUGAAGAGGAGAAUGGAGGAGGAUGACGAAGAGGAACAAUACGAGGGAAAAGGUAAGGGUAAGCAGGUCUAA